UGGGACCAAGGUGCUGUAAAUCCCUCACUACAAUCGGGGGUGUAAAAUACCGUAAAAGAAAACCUGGUGAAGAAAAUGAGUUCAACAGUGAAGAAGAGAAUGAGUCCUUUGACCACCAAAGAUUGCAUUCCAAGUCACUCGCCAAGAUGUUCCAGGAAGAUAAGAAAAAGAAGAAGCUUAAGGAAUAUAUAAUAUACUUCGUCAAAGGUUCUUACGAACAAAAAUGUACAAAAAGAAUCUCAAAGACAAUGGAUAGGUUUGAACUAAAACCCUAAGGAUGCCUUCAAGAUCUGGAAGUGCUUUAUUAAGUAUGAUAAACAUCAUGACGGGUAUAUCAACCUUGAUGACCUGUAUUAUAUGAUCCAGGAGCGAGCAUGGUCAAUCGUGGGUCCAUACCUUGAAAGAUUAUAUGAAUUAAUUGAUAGGAAAGAAGAAGAUAAAAUCUUCUUUGAAGAAUUCAUCCAUGCAAUCAGCGCAUUCUGUCUAUUUACUAAAGAUGAAAUGAUGAUGUUUGUCUUCAAAAUGUUUGACAGAGAUCGCGAUGACUUCAUCUCUAAAAAGGAUGUCUUCAGACAUCUCAUGACUGAAAGAAAUAACCAAAUGGUGUACCCUGUCAACAACCUCAGAGCUGUUGAACUAUUCAAAUGUCUACGAGGAGACAGAAUCGAUCGUAAAAUGUUUCUCAAACUGAUCAUCCAAGUACCCUACCUCGUUUUCCCAGCCUUCAGGCUGCAGGAAGAGCUCAGAGAAGUCAUUGUCGGUUUCAGAUUUUGGAAAUAAAAUCGCUAAAAGAGUCGAAGCCAAGGAAAACGAGAGGAAGAAGAUGGAAGAAAAGAAGAAAAUCAAGCAAAGACAAAAACAACGUGAGGAAGAAAUUAAGCAAGAAAGAGAGAAUCUAUUCUUGGAACACUGUAAAAACCUUAAUGAAAUCGAUGCGAAGAAUAAGAAACUCGAAGAAGAAGAAAUGAGAGAAAUUCGAAACCCUCAAAGACGUCAUACAGACGGAUUUAUAGGCGUAAAAUUCCGUGAAAGACCUCUAAGAGAGGAUAUAGAUGAACGUCUUGAACGCCGAGAAGAACUUCUGGUCAAACACCAGGCCAAUGAUAUCCUUGGGAUCCCUCUUUACGACAGAGAUCUACAUACAAGUUUUAUAUUCGAUAGAAUGGCAGAUGAAGAAGUUAUUGAGAAGAAGAGAAUCCUUAAUAUUGAUCCAACAGAUAAAAGAUUCAACUUUGAUAAUGAAAUUCAAAGAUUUGUUAAUGAGCAAGAAAAUAAAUUCAAUCAAAAUGAUCAGAGGGAGGAGAAAAUGGAUAGAGAGAAUUCUCGAGAUAGUGCUUUCAGCAGUUACCAUGAAAAGACAAAAGGGAUCAAUGCAAAGCAUCUUCUAAGUGAUAGAGACAGUAAAUAUUCCUCAUCAGAGGAUAACUCUUUGCUUUACUUAGAGGAUGAUGAUGAUUUGAAAAAGCUAAAUGAGAAACCUGGAGCUACGAAAGAUACUAGGCCUUACAAUAAAACAUAUAAUAGCGAAUUUCCUGAUACCAACAAAGAUUACAACAGUGAUUCUGACCAAGACAGCAGCUCUGACUCCAGUGGAUACGAUGAUGAUAUUGGCAUCAACGAUAAGUAUAAUCUCAUCAAAAAGGCUAAAAAUGAUCGUGAAUUUAAACUAAAAAUCAAAGAAAACAAAGAGCAAAGACUUCUGCUUAAAAAGAGACAGAAUUCAAAAGCCACCAGACUAAGCUCUCAGAAAAGAAGUUUAUUUAAAAGUAGUCAGAAUAGUCUAUCAAAUAUGGAUAAUUCAGGUGACAUCUCCAAAACAAGGAAGAACACUAUCAAAAAUUCUGAGAAAAAGAGCACUAAAGGCCUCCCAAAUGGCCCAAGAAGCAAGCACUCCAAGAACCUUAAUGACUCUAUUUCUCUGAACUCCAUAGAUGUUAGUGUUGAGAAAAGGAAGAAUGUACCUAAAGACCAUGGAGAUCUUUCCUUUGAGUUUCAGCAAAAGAAGAGCCAGAAAUAUGGAAAGUCAAAGUCAAAAGUUACCGUUGAAGAUGACUCUAGAUCCAGGCUUAAUAAUGGAUAUGAGGAUGAACAACUCUCCAGGAUUGAAGAGCUCCAGAAAGCUCAUGAUUCCAUCAUGAGCGAUUAUCGCAAGAUUAGUGAAAAUGAAAGUGAAGUUCUAGAAGAUGAACAUAAAGAUUCUGUGAAAGAUCUAGAAUAUAGUCAAAAACCAGCAACUCCUAAUAUGGAUAUUAAGAAAUCCCAAAGUGGCAUGAUUGACCUUGCUCCUGACCGGCCUCAUUCCUCAAAUCUAUUAGAAGCUCCUAGGACAGCAAUGAUAAGGAGCCAAUCUAUGGUUGAAAUUGAACAGAAAAGAGCUGGUACAGCUAACUCUGAGAAUAAAAAGCAUAACGACUUCGAUGAACAAAGCAAUGCUGGAAGUAUGAAAUCUUACAUGAGUCAAGCAAAGUCUAACUAUCAUCUUCUAAGGCAAUCGAGCAAAGUAAGUAUUGCAAGCCAGAGUGCUCUUUCGGAUACUGGGUACAAGGUUGUGCAUCAAAAACGUCACUAAAUUUUUCACGGUUUCAAUU